CGAUAACAAAAUUAGUAGUACCUAUCUGAUAAAUACGAAAUUGACUGAAAUUGGUCAGUUCUUCGCCUUCCAUAAGAAUGAAACUGACAAUCUUUCCAAAUGUACUACUUAUAUGGUUAUUGAAAUGUGAUUUCAUCAAAUGUACAAAACGACCAAUAAUUGGUAUACUGGUUAAAGAGUUUACCAAUUAUGAUACAUUCACGAAUGACCCCGCGAAUGCCACUGGAUUCAUAGGAGCAAAUUACGUCAAAGCAGUCGAAAGCUGUGGGGCAAGAGUGGUGCCAAUAUUCAUCAGACAGAACUAUUCUUACUAUGAACAGAUUAUGAAUUCGAUCAAUGGAGUAGUACUCCCAGGAGGAAAAACGACAAUAAAACCAGGAUUUCCAUACUAUGACGCAUCCUCGAUAAUUUUCAAAAUUGCUAAACAACUGAACGAUAAAGGAAUAACCUUUCCAAUAUUAAGCAUAUGUUUAGGAUUUCAAGCAAUGCUCACCAUUCACAACAACGAUACAAAUUUACUAACGCAAUGUGACUCGUUUUAUGAAAGUUACCCUCUUGAAUUCCAGCCAAACUUCACCAGAAGUCAAUUAUUUUUCAAUAGUGACCAACAACUAUUCCUCAGUUUGAAACUUCUCAGAAUAACUAUCAACAAUCACAAGUAUUGCAUUUCUCCACUUAACUUCACGAAAUCAAAUUUGCCCAAAGAAUGGAGAGUAACAUCGCUCAGCACAACCAACAGAGGUGUAAAAUUUAUCGCCACUGUUGAACAUAUAAAAUAUCCUUUUUUUGGAGUUCAGUUUCAUCCAGAAAUGGCAGCGUUCCAUUGGCCUGAAGAAUUUUGUAUUCCUCACGAUCGAGUAACUGUUCGAGCUAAUCAAUAUUUUUAUGAUAAAUUAGUUAUUAUAUCAACGUUGAAUGAUAAUAAGUUUGAAGAUGUAGAAGAAGAAAGAAAAACUCUGAUUUAUAAUUAUAAUACGAUUUACUGCCAAGCGAAACCUUAUCAGUAUUACAUUCAGAGAUAUAUUUUUUAUAAUUGAUCAAUGAACGUGUCAAUACAUAAUAGAUUUUUU